AUGAUAAUAGUUAUGGAUGAUUUAGAUAUGCAUGGCAUCGAAAACAAUCAUCUCAAUGAAGAAAAGCAUCAGUUCGAUUCUAAUGAUUCAGAGAUUCUUCAUAACGAGGAAAAUCAAUCGAAAACCCAAGUUAUGGAUGAUUUAGAUAUGAAUGACAUCGGAAAUGAUCAUUACGAUGAAGAAAAUCAUCAAUUCAGUUCUGGUGAUUCAGAGAUUCUGCAUAAUGAUGAAAAUCAAUCGAAAAGCCAAGUUCAAAGUGACAAUGUUGCAGCACAAUAUGGCUCUUGCAAACUGUUCAUUGGAGCUGAUGGUUCUUUCUUUUGGAUUCCAGUGGUUGAAGCUAGUUGGAUACCUUCUAUGGGUUCAAUUUUCAAAAAAAAUAUUAAAGAUGCUAUUAAGUGGUAUCAAGUGUAUGCAUUAAGAUCUGGUUUUGAUAUUAGAAAAUCAACAAAGAGGAAAAAAAAUGGAAUCACAACUUCGAAAUAUUUUAUAUGCAAUAGAGGGGGAUUUCCAAACACUUCUACCUUAGACACGAUUAGUGAUGAUCAUAACAAGCAAUUGAGAAAUAGUAAUUGUAAACGCACAAACUGCAAAGCCUUUUUUGCAUUCAAAGUAAUACCAUAUUCUUCAGAAGUAUACCUGUGGCGCUUUGAGCAACAACACAACCAUAAAUUGAUCAAUCAAGAUUGUAUGCAUCUUUCACGAGCUAAAUGUCAAUUGUAUGUUGUUGAUCAAGCUUUUAUACAUAAGCUUUCGAGUGCAAAGGUGGGGGCAACCACAACAUAUAUGCUAAUGUGCAUUAUAAAAGGAGGAUGUGAAUUUGUUGGUGGACUAGAGAUAGAUUGGAAAAAUUUUACAAGGGAUAUAAAUUGUCACAUUGGGGGCACUGAUGCAAAUUUGUUGAUUACAAAGCUUCAGAAUCAUAAAAAGAAUGUUACAAAUUUUACAUACGAAUACAAAUGUGACAAGAAGCAGUUAAAUGCUCUCUUUUGGGCUGAUGACACUUCAAAACAAAACUUUGAGUUAUUUGGGGAUGUUGUUUCGUUUGAUGCAACAUAUCGUACAAAUAGGUAUUGUAUGGUAUUUGUACCUUUUACUGGCAUUGAUAAUGACAAAAGGUGUGUGACAUUUGGAGCUGGUUUGUUGUGUAGAGAUGAUACAAAUUCAUGUAUUUGGUUACUUCGGUCAUUCUUGAAGUGUUUUGGAAAAGCACCAAUCAUGGUCGUGACUGAUCAAGAUCCAACAACGAAAAAAGCUAUUGAGAUAAAUAUCAAAUGA